GACCGGUCCAACUACGAACCGACAACAUUAACGGUUCGGUUAGAUAUGUAAAACCGUUGAUAAAAAAUCGGUGAAAAACUGUUGAAGCGGCCGGGAACCUGCCCGUCGGACCGAAUUAGAACCCGGCCGGUUUACACAAAAACGGAAGCUCCUCCGUUUCUUUUUCCCUUUCUUUCUUUCGUUCCGAAGGAAAUCACAGAAACUCAGCCAAAAAACACCUAGCACUGUAAGCCUACACCACCGCCGCAAGGAGUGGCAUACUGCCGCCGUCGGUCGCACUCAAAGUUCGCCGUCCGUCCGUCUAUCUAGCUUCCCUCGGGCUCCAAGUCUUCAACCCCUGUUCGCUGUCACCGAUCGCAGCUGCUUCCUCGAGCUCGGCGUCCGUCGUCUUUGUCUGCUCAGCCGCGCUUCCGCCGCCGUUUGUUUGCCGUUCACGUUCGCAUUUUCGUUCAGCCGUCGUCUUCGUUCGCAUUCUUCGCCGUUCACGUUCGCUCGGCGUUCACCGUUCGCGUUCCCUCGCCGUUCACCGUUCGAGUUCGCAUUCGCGUUCGUCUGGAAGCCACGUUGCUCUGCUUCAAACUCUGCGACCAACCCGCGCGCUCCACCUAGCCGUCGAACUGCUCCCUUUUGUCGCCGUCGUGAGUUCCCUAAAUCCGCCACCAGACAAUAGACUCACACAACACCAAUACUCUGCUUCAAACUCUGCAACUUCUGAUUUCUAUUACAACAAGAAAUUCUUUGAGGUAUAUAAGAAUUAAGAAGGAAGACUAUUUCAACGGUAUUACUCUGUUGAUUCUAGUCUGCUACAAGCUUGAACAUAGAAUUGAAGAGAGAAACUUUUUAUUAUUUCAUCAUUGGCCUAUUUUUGGCAUUGCAUAUCAUUGUAGUUUGUUUAUUCAUAGAACUAGUUGUUUAUGAUCCCCUUUUGAAGUAAAAAAAUGCAGUAAAAGAGUGUUUAGAACCAGUUGCUUUAUUCAUUGAAUUUUUAUAGAAUCAGGUGUUUAUUAUAAAAUGGUUUUUCCGGUUGAACUACUGUUGAACCAGUUGAACCAAUGAACCAGUGAACCAAUAACUAGAGCGGUUUAAUGAUCGGUCCAGUUUUCAGAACCUUAGUUACAAGUUGCAAAGCUACAAUCCUAGUGACCGCAUCUGAAGGAAUAAAAGCUUCUAGUUCUAACUAUUAAGUAUUAACAUUUAAAUCACCUCUUAAAGAGGGAAGAACAAAAGCGUUGAAGCUGCUGCGAGGAGAGAUGGCGAAUUACAUACUGGGCUGACCCAAAGCUUCUGGUAGUGUAGUGAGCAUUUGAUCGGUAAUGUUGUGCUUAUUAUGUGAAUCAUCUUUCUUUGAAUAGAGAAUGUUAAGGUUUGAUCUUAUGUUAGAUUUUGGAAUGUUGAACUUCCAUCAUGGAAAUAACAAGGAAUUGCUAGUUAUAUAACUUAGUUCUGAUCUCACUGUAAAAGCAAAUCAAUUUCAUUUGGUGGCUCCUUGAUGAUGAUGAUUCCAAGAUUUCUAAUAUUGCCUAAUACCCUCUGUUUUGUUGAGGUAUACAUGAUUGGUGUGUUCUGAUUGUGAAUUAUACAUAUGCUAACUGUCAAGUUCUUAAGUAUGAAUUGUAAAUUUGACUAAUUAAAAUGAGGUAUCACAUUUAGGUACAUUUGUUUGUUUGUUUGGAAUUUUAACUGGAAUCCUCCCCAAGUUAGAAUUUGUUUUUGCAAAGGUUCAGACUAGUGCUUCACGCUUGUUUGACACCCCUAUCUGCCCUUGCCGCGCUGCCACUGUUUAUAAAAGAAGUGGCAUAAUAUUAGUAUUAAGUGAAAUAAGAGAGUGCCCCAAGAGACUAGGUUCCAUACUACAAAGAAGAAGCUCACUCAAAAUGACAAGGCAUUUGGCUUCCUACAUGUUGCGCUCAGCUUCAGCGUGUACAAGUAGGAUUAGACAUCCAUUUGCUGCUGCUUCUUUCUGCACUGAUACUUCAACUUCGAGCUCCAGGGUCAAGAUCUUUGACCGCCAACUCAAGCGUAAACAGCGAGACCGAGCUGCGUGGUUGAUGCCCUCAAAUUCUGACGACCCUUUCCUUAAUACUGUUGCUCAUAAUCUCCUCGAUCGCUUGCAAGAUUGUAAGAAGACCUUCCCUACUGCAUUGUGUUUGGGAGGCUCCUUGCUACCAGUCACCCGCUCGCUCUACACCCAGCGUACCAUAGAAAAGCUUAUUGUUAUGGAUGCAUCCUAUGAAAUGGUACAGCUGUGUAAAAAUGCUGAGGAUGCCUCUAACAAUGAUAACAUUGAGACAUUGUAUGUGGUUGCUGAUGAAGAAUUUUUGCCAAUCAAAGAAAGCUCUGUGGAUUUGGUUAUUAGCUGCUUGGGACUACACUGGACAAAUGAUCUGCCAGGAGCAAUGAUACAGUCUAGAUUGGCGCUGAAACCUGAUGGCCUAUUUUUAGCAGCUAUUCUUGGUGGAGAAACCUUAAAGGAACUAAGAAUAGCUUGUACUGUAGCACAAAUGGAGCGUGAAGGAGGGAUCAGUCCCAGAGUAUCACCAUUGGCUCAGGUUCGAGAUGCUGGAAAUCUUUUGACAAGGGCGGGUUUCACCCUUCCUGGUGUUGAUGUUGAUGAAUAUACAGUUAAAUAUGAAAGUGCCUUGGAGCUUAUAGAACAUUUACGAGCAAUGGGUGAAACAAACUCUCUUUUUCAAAUGAAUACUAUCUUAAAGAGGGACACUGCCUUAGCAACUGCAGCUAUUUAUGAUUCAAUGUUUGCUGAAGAAGAUGGCACAGUACCUGCAACCUUCCAGGUGAUUUACAUGACGGGGUGGAAGGAACAUCCUUCUCAACAGAAAGCAAAAACAAGGGGAUCAGCCACUAUAUCUUUUAAGGAUAUUCAGAAGCAAUUUGGAAACCAUAGUUGAGUAUGUGCGUGUAUACCAUUGUCAUACAGUGAAAUAAAGGGGAAUAGAUUAUUUUAUUAUUCCAAAUGAUGAGGCAUGAAGUGUGACAUUGUAUGGAUCAUGGCCACAUUACGAAAUGGAUCAUCUACUUUGAUUUUAACUUUUAAGUGACAUUAUAAAUACUCAUCAUUCAAACA